AGUUUUGGGCCUCUUUCAUUGCACAUUAGCACUCAACAAUCAGCAGCCGCCUCGUCUCCCUCUCCCCUUACUCCUCUCUUCCUCGGUUUCAACCCUUCACUCUCUCUUGCCCUCUUAGAUUCAAGCAACACUCUCUCCCCUUCCUUUCUAGCCUUCACGAAGCUGAAGCUAUUCGCCAGAACAAUCAGGUAGAUUCGACCAUACCUUCAACGGAGGGCAGCAAUAUUUUCAGGUCAGGCUCAAGUCUUUUGUGCGAAUUUAGAUAGCUGUUGCUAUUUAUACACAGUUUUAUGGAGAUCGAUUCAGAUGUCAAAGAUGGAUCCCUUAUUCUGAUAAAGCAAGGCGCUGAAGCGAGAGUUUUUGAGUCUAAUUUUGUUGGAAGGAGGUCUAUUGUCAAGGAACGCUUCUCAAAGAAGUAUAGGCAUCCAUCUUUGGAUGCUAAACUUACACUCAAGCGCUUGAAUGCGGAAGCAAGAUGCAUGACAAAGGCAAGGCGACUUGGGGUUUCUACUCCAGUGCUGUAUGCUGUGGACCCUUUACUGCAUACCCUCACAUUUGAGUAUGUGGAGGGUCAUUCUGUGAAAGAUAUGUUUCUUGAAUUUGGAUUACAUGGUGUUGUGGAAGAACGCAUGGAUGAUAUUGCGACACAGAUUGGUGAUGCUAUUGGAAAACUGCAUGAUGGUGGCCUUAUUCAUGGUGACUUGACCACAUCAAAUAUGUUAAUACGAAAUGGCACUAAUCAAUUGGUCCUUAUUGAUUUUGGUCUGAGCUUCACAUCAACCCUUCCUGAAGACAAGGCAGUUGAUUUGUAUGUGCUGGAACGAGCAUUGCUUUCGAUGCAUUCUUCUUGUGGGAAUGUGAUGGAUCGCGUGAUUGCUGCAUAUAGGAAGUCCUCAAAGCAAUGGUCAUCCACAAUGAACAAGCUAGCCCAAGUUCGCCAAAGGGGUAGAAAGCGCACGAUGGUUGGAUAGGCUUUUUCAACAGUUAUUCUCGCGAAGGGAGAGAGGAAGAGACAUUUGUUGGAACUGUUAAUGUUGCUGUUGAAUAGAAUGAUGUUAGGACAGCAAUUUUUCUGUAUUGGCAUAUUGUAGCAGUAUUCUAAUGCAUUAUGCAAGCAUACAAGUGCAAUCCAGGGUAUUUUUGCUAUUAUUAUUAUUAUUUUUUUUGUAAA